AUGAGUAGAAACAAGGAAAUAAAGACUAGGGUUUGCCUCAGCCGGCUGUGGUGCCUUAUAUUGACUCAUAACAUUACCGAGUGAGCCGGUGAAGAAUCGAGGCGGACCGGUUUGGUGGUGGGGCGGCCGAACGGACAGAGAAUACCGGUCACCGGGCGGCGGCGCCGGCCCCUCCGGGCCGGCCGGAACAAAAAAUAGUUGCAGUGAACCGGCGAUCUCAAUAAAGACAUCAUUUUUCUUUGAAAAAACACGAUCUUGUCGAAUUCCCACAGUCGGGAAUUUUGUUGGGUUGGCGAAUUCUGAGCUCUUCCUGCAAAUUGACGAGCUUCUGAGUUUGGAGCCACAACUAGGGUUUCGUAUGAAUCUUGAAUUUGAUAGAGAACAUGUUUCGAAGAUAUUCACGAAACGCCAGGAAGAAAUGGGAAUCACUAUCUUGAAUGAGGGUCUCGACGACGAAGGUUACUGUCAACAACAACCGCAGCUUCUGUCGUUUGUAAUCACAAAAAUAACGAAGUUUAUUUUGGCGUUGGUAUUCUUCUUUGUUUAUUGCCACUUGAUGAUCCCAAUCUGGGGUUCCUACAAGAAGCAGGAAUCUAUCUGAUUAGAGAAGGAAUCUUUUGAUGAGAACAAGGACAGAGAUUCAUCAUUGUCAUGUUCCUCUCCCUUUUAUUAUAAAUCAAUCGCAUUCUCCCAAUAGCUCCAUGCCAAGGAGCAGAGCAAAAUGGGGAAAGAAGAUGGAGGGUUGGGCUGGGGAGGGUCCUUAUCCGUGCCGAGUGUGCAGGAGAUUGUGCGUAACGACUCCGGUUCUGUUCCUGAGAGAUACAUUCGGCAACUUGAGGACAGGCCUUCAAUGGAACCCACGAUGUCCGACUCUUCCCCUGAGAUUCCCGUCAUCGAUAUGUCCUUGCUUGCAAAAGGUGAUCGAGAUGAACUUGGAAGGCUGGAUUUUGCUUGCAGGGAAUGGGGAUUCUUUCAGAUUGUGAAUCAUGGGGUGGCGGCGGAUGUGCUGAAGGAGAUGAAGGGAGCCGUGGCAGCAUUUUUCGAUCUCCCACUGCAAGAGAAGAGAAAGUAUGUGAUGGCGGAGAAUGAUAUUGAAGGAUACGGACAAGGAUACGUUGUCUCAGAACAGCAAAAGCUCGACUGGGGAGACCUUAUGUUCCUCAUGACACUCCCUUCAGAGCACCAUAGGUUCAAGUACUGGCCGCUCAUGGUUCCCGGUUUCAAGGAGGCGGUGGACAAGUACUCCGGAGAGAUCUACAAGGUCACCUUAGAUCUCUUAUCCGACUUCUCAUAUCUUAUGGGCAUGGAGAGAGACAGUCUAAAGAUGCUGCACGGAGACGUGAUGAAACAAGGGAUCAGGAUGAACUAUUACCCAACUUGCUCGAGGCCUGAUCUUGUUCUCGGUGUGAGCCCGCACUCAGAUGGGAGCUCCAUAACACUUCUCCUGCAAGAUGAUGAGAUAAGCGGUCUUCAGGUCAAGCAUAGAGGAGGAUGGGUCACUGUAAAACCGAUCCCAAAUGCAAUAGUUGUUAACGUUGGUGAUGUUAUGGAGGCAUGGAGCAAUGGCAGGUACAAAAGCAUAGAGCACAGAGCCAUCACGAACGAUAAGAGAACGAGAAUGUCUAUUGCAACCUUCGUGUUACCUGACGAGGAAAUAAUAAUCAGUCCAGUACCGACUAUGGUUGAUGAUGAUCAGAACCCGCGUAUGUACAAGAACAUCAAGUACAUUGACUAUAUUAGGCAUACACUAGGGCAGAAAAUGGACGGGAAGGCACAUACAGAAUAUCUGAAGCUUUGAGCUCUGAAUCAGUAAUAUUCCCUCUGUUUUCCAGAAGUGCUCGAAUAGAUGUAUCGUACAUUUAAACUGAAUUUACCAGCACCGUUGUAUCA